AUGGGCGCCGUGUCCCUCGCCGUGAUAUACGGCGGCAUCGUCGUGUUCGCGCCGCUCGCGCCCGCCGUGAUCCGUUACUUGCGGCCGCGAGGCGCCAUGCUGGUGGGCAUGUCGGGGUACUGCGCGUACAUCGUCGCCAACGCCGUCGACUCCAGCUGGGUGCUGCUGCUGUCCGCGGGGUACUUGGGCGCGAGCGCGUCCGUGCUGUGGGUGGCGCAGGGGCUGUACAGCGUCAUGCUCGCGCGCGGACACGCCGCCGCCGCGGGCGUGGUGGAGCAAGCAGCAAUCGCGGAGUUCAGCGGAAUCUUCUGGGGGAUCUUCGCGGCAAACCAGGUGGUGGGGAACGCCGUCACCUUCCUCGUCUGCCAGCUCAUGGCGCUCCUCUUCCCCCCCGCGCCCUCUUCGCUUGCAACUCCCGUUGCGCCUUCUCCUGAGAGUCUACCUCCCGCUACAGUCACGGUGUUAAUAGUUACGUUCCUGCUGUUCCUCGCGCUGGCCGCCGCGCUCACGUGGCGUCUGACUGACCUGUCAGAGGACCACCCCCUCUGCUGCUCCGCGCCCGCUCCCCCCGUGGAUGGUCCAGAGGUGGGGGUAGGGAGAUGUGGCAUUACCGGGGAAGACGAGGAGGAGGGGAGUGAGAGGGGGGAUGAGGGGGAGGGGAAGGCUUUGCUGGGAGGCGAAGGGGUUGCGGGGCGAUCAGCGGAGUGGGGGGCAGUGGAACAGUCAGGGGUGGCAGGAGGGGCGGGGGAGAGUGCGAGCAGCAGGGCAAAAGGGGGGCGCAGCGCAUGGGAGUUGCUGGGGGAGCGGCGGCUGCAGCUGCUGCUGCCUCUGCUGCUGUACAUCGGGCUGCAGUCCGCCUUCGUUGCGGCGGACUUCACACUGUACGUGGUGCGCCCAGCGCUGGGAGUGGCGUGGAUCGGCGGGGUCAUGUCCGUGUUUGGCGUCGCCAACAGCCUCGCGUGCAUGGCAGCGGCGCGCCUGUCAUCGGGGCUGCACUCCAUACUCGCCACGCUGCUCAUCGGUGCCGCCUGCCAGAUCGCCGUGCUGCUCUCCCUCAUGCUCCUCACAACCUUCACCGCCCCCUCGUGGUGGGCCUUCACAGUGGUGUUGCUGCAGGCAGUGCUGUGGGGGGUGGGAGAUGCCGCCUUCCAGUCGCAGAUCAACGCACUGCUGCCACUCGUCUUCCCUCGAGACAUGGACGCCUCGUUUGCGCACAUGAAGAUGUGGACCAGUGCAGCCUCCUCCCUCAUGUUCCUCCUCAGCCCGCACCUCUCCAUGCCCGCCAAAGCAGCCUUCCUCACUGCCUCCUGUGCCGUCUCUCUGCCUCUCAUGCUUGCGGUUGUGCAUGUUCCAUAG